UACACCUGAAAAUGACAGCUCGGGGGGCCCCAGCCGCAUCCCCUGCGGCUCCUGCUCCGCCGGACAUGCCGGACCUGAGCCACCUCACCGAGGAGGAGAGGAAGAUCAUCCUCUCGGUCAUGGAUCGACAGAAGAAAGAGGAGGAGAAAGAGCAGUCCAUGCUGAAGGAACCUCCUAAAGAAGACACAAAGCCUCAACCAGCUCAGUGGAACCCUUUCAGUGGAAUCACUGAGCUGGUUAGUAAUGUUCUUCAGCCCCAGUCAAAGUCCCCCAGUGAGGAGGAGCCAAAGCCGAAGUUGCACCAGCAGUUUGAGAUGUAUAAGGACCAGGUGAAGAAGAUCGGAGAGGAGGCUCAGAAGAAUCCGGAGCAGAAGGGAGACUCGCCCAUCUGUGGGAUCUGCCACAAAACCAAGUUUGCCGAUGGCUGCGGCCACGUCUGUUCCUAUUGCCAAAAUAAGUUCUGCGCACGCUGUGGAGGACGCGUCUCGCUCCGGUCCAACAAAGUAAUGUGGGUAUGCAACCUGUGCCGAAAACAACAAGAAAUCCUCACCAAGUCGGGAGCGUGGUUCUACAGCGGUCCUGAGGGGUCCAGAUCAGGGUCCCAAGCCAAAGUAAGGGGAGGCCCAGCAGGAGCAAACCAGGACCCUCUCAGAAACGGUUCAGGGCUCCCCUCAGACAGAAACAGAAGCCCAUCAGCAUCCAGGGACCCAAACGCGGCAUAUAACCAAAGGGAGGGGGAAGGAGGAUUGCAGUAUGCCCCGGCUGAAGGUGGCAUGCCUCGCUCUCCGUCCGACUACGGACGUGACCCUGGCCGUUCGCCAAGGAGUUCAAGAAUGUACAACGAGGUGGGAGAUUAUCGAGACAGUCGAGGACGCUGGCACUCGCAAGGCCAGCGUUUGGACGGCCAGUUAGACGACUAUGAACUCCAGAGGCGCCGUGAGGAGGAAUACCAGGCCCGUUACCGCAGUGACCCCAACCUGGCACGCUACCCGGUCAAACCCCAGCCCUACGAGGAGCAGAUGCGCAUCCACGCCCAGGUGUCACGGGCUCGGCAUGAGCGGCGCCAUAGCGACGUCUCACUUGCUUAUACAGAACUUGACGAGCCUCUGCAUGGCCCCGGUCUGCGGAAGUCGCGCCUCCCUCUAUUGGGAGGUCCAAGUCAACUCUCAUACUCUGAGGACAGGAGCUCACCGGGACAUCGGAUGUCGAAUCAUAGCCCACCAACACCACACCGCAGCCCUGUGCUGGGUGAAAGCCGGCGAGGACUGGCGGAGCCAACAAGGAAACCCAUACCCCAACAGCACCACUUGGACCCUAGCUCAGCUAUGCGCAGGAACAAUCGGGACAAAAUGGAUAGCAUGCUGCGAAAUGACUCCCUAAGCUCAGACCAAUCCGAAUCGGUUCGGCCUCCUCCACCUCGACCCAACCGAAGCAAACGCCUUGGCAAGCUCAGAACCAUGGGCAGCUUCAGCAGCUCAGAGGAGGAGUUGGCCACCACACCAGAGUACACCAGCUGUGAGGAUGUGGAGCUGGAAAGUGAGUCCAUCAGUGAAAAAGGCAACAUUCAAAGGGGGAAAAGAAAAACAAAUGAGCAGGCAUAUUUUUUGGACGCCAGUUAUGCCCUGUCUGAAAGGCAAAAGACAGUGGUGCGAUUUUGGGAGCGCUCCCACGACGAAGACGUGGAGUGGUGCGAGCCGCAGGUCAAAGAUUCAGGUGUUGACACGUGCAGUAGCACCACGCUAAACGAGGAGCAUAGCCAUAGCGACAAGCACCCGGUGACAUGGCAACCUUCCAAAGAUGGAGAGCGCCUAAUAGGGCGGAUAGUGCUAAACAAGCGGAUGAAAGAUGGCACAGUUCCCAGAGACACUGGGGCAUUGCUGGGCCUCAAGGUUGUGGGAGGGAAGAUGACAGAGUCUGGCAGACUUUGUGCUUUCAUCACGAAGGUGAAGAGAGGAAGUCUAGCAGACACUGUCGGCCAUCUACGACCAGGUGAUCAGGUUCUGGAGUGGAACGGGAGGGUCUUGCAGGGAGCCACAUUCAAAGAAGUUUACAAUAUAAUUCUAGAAUCCAAGCCAGAGCCCCAGGUGGAGCUGGUGGUCUCACGGCCCAUUGGAGAUGUCCCUAGAAUACCAGAGAGCACACAUGGACAACUUGAAUCAAGUUCAAGUUCCUUCGAAUCCCAAAAAAUGGGUCCCUCUAUCUCUGUCACGUCCCCCAUGAGUCCUGGCAUGCAUCGGGACAACCCUCAGUAUCUGUCUGGACAGCUCUCAAGUCCAUGCCUUAGUAGAAGAACCACGCCUUUUGUCCCUAGGGUCCAGGUCAAGCUAUGGUACGAUAAAGUGGGACAUCAACUCAUUGUCACUAUCCUGGGCGCCAAAGAUCUCCCUUCACGAGAAGACGGGCGGCCUAGGAAUCCCUACGUCAAAAUCUACUUCCUCCCCGACAGAAGCGAUAAAAGCAAGAGGAGAACGAAAACAGUGAAGAAAUCUCUGGAACCCAAGUGGAACCAGACGUUCAUGUACUCGCCAGUGCACAGGCGAGAGUUCAGGGAACGUAUGCUGGAGAUCACGCUAUGGGAUCAGGCCAGAGUCCGAGAGGAAGAAAGCGAGUUCCUGGGAGAGAUUCUGAUAGAGCUGGAAACAGCGCUGUUGGAUGAUCAGCCUCAUUGGUAUAAGCUCCAAACACAUGACGUGUCCUCUAUGCCGCUGCCUAACCCCUCACCCUACAUGCAGAGACGUCUCCUGCAUGGAGAGAGCCCAACACGCAGGUUACAGAUCAAGAGCCCGUAUUUAUACAACUCAGGAUCACAGAGAAUCAGCGACGGCGAGUUCUCUGAUUACGACUGUGAGGAUGGGAUUGGUGUUAUCUCAGAUUACCGGCACAAUGGCAGGGAUUUCCAGAGCUCCACUCUGUCUGUACCUGAGCAGGUGAUGUCAUCCAAUCACUGUUCACGAUCAGACAUGAUCCGCACACGUUCACGCUCACCCAGCGUUCCUCCCCCACAAAGUCGAAGUUUAGACCAUGGUGUGAGAGGAGCACCCUCGCUUUAUGGCCCCCGACAACACCUGUCUGAAGACAGAUACUCACCAGACAGCCAGUAUCUUACCCUCCCGCCUCGAACCAGACACAGACAGCCAACCAUCGACCCCGCUAUCCAGGACCCCAGUAUGUGCCCCCUCUAUCGGGAAGACGCGGUCAGGUUACUGCGCUCCACUAGGAUGGCCCGUGCAUACUCAGAAGGGUACAAUAGCGUGGACAGGAGGAUGAGGAGAGAUAGACAAAUGUCUACCUACAGUGACUCUUUUGAUUCACCUGAGAGAUAUUACAAUGGGCCCAAUCAUGUAUCUACUCCAUGGCCCAAUCAUGUCAUGAAUGGAACCAGUGGGGACUACAGGACAUGCCCCAGGAUAGAAAUUGAGCCAUCUACAGAUACAGAAAGAGAGGAUCAUAUUCCAGAGUUCCCAGCUAACAAUGAGUACUUUGAGGAAGAUCUGAGGUAUAGCCGCAGCAUGGUGGACAGACAUGACCAUUACAGGUCCAGGUCAGCUGACCAGCGCCCCAUGAUGGAGCGACCGGUCUACACCCGCUCCCGCUCGUCUGAGCGGCCCGACUCCGGCUACAUGAGAUCCAUGCCGUCCUUACCGUCAGGGAGAUCCGCUCCUCCCUCUCCUGCCUUAACGAGGGCAAAUCCCCGCACCGGAUCGGUCCAAACAAGUCCCACCAGCACGCCAGUAUCGAGUCGAAGAGGUCGGCAGCUACCGCAAGUUCCACCAAAGGGCUCUAUGGACAGAAAAGAUGGCGAAGGCAUUACUGAGCCUUAUGAAGCAGGAACAGGGGUGGUACCUCAGGCUCCUGCUCCUUCUCCUAUUCUUUCCCAGCUUCCACAGACUGUGGCUGCGGUGGGAGGGGCUUCACAACCCCCAGCCCCGCCCCCUCCACCUCCACAAGUCACACAAGCAAUGGCUGCUCAUGAGAGGAUGGAGCCUCCUGUCCCGGGCCCUACCAUCGCACAUGUCACCAUACCUCCUCAUGUCCACUCUCCUCUCCCUCCUGCACAUCCCCCUCCACCUUCUUCAGUGUCCACUCCCCCACCUGUGCAGGCCCCUCCUCCUCCAACACAUGCUCCUCCCUCUCCAGCCAAUGCCCCUCCUCCUGCCACUGCCUCAUCAUCAGCCUCACCUCUUGUACAACAGGCUUCUGUGCCAGAAUCCCAGGAAAAGCCUGUAGCUCCCCCACCUGUCAAUGGGAGGAAAGAGGUGACAUGGGAGGACCAGCAGAAGAAAGCUCCUGCAGUAGUGUCAGAGUCAACAGUGUCAGAGAAUGGAGAUGCAGGCACUUUGAAGGAUCCAUCAAAGCAGGGGAUGGACAGUCUCUCCAUGAGGUCAUCGGACAGUGAUGUAAGCGACGUGUCCGCUAUGUCGAGUGCGUCUCGGCUUAGCGGCACGAGCUACAUGUCUGUCCAAUCCGAAAGGGUGCGAGCGAGCCGCAGGAUCAGCCGUGCGGAGGCCCUUCCGAGUCAGGGAGAAGAGGGCGCUGUUGUUGUGGAAGAGCAGGUGGAAGCAACUACAACAAGCGCGCUGGGGGUGGGGCAUGAUGGGGGGGUGGGUUUGUCUACUGAAAACCCAGAGGAGGAGGAAGAACAGGAGGCACCUGAGAGGGCACAGACGGCCACCCCUGGCUCCGUCAUCACCAAGAGUUCCAGUGUGGGUGGAGACAUGUGCUCGCUGGGCAGGAAUGACGAUGAGGACGAUGACAAGAAGAGGCGCUCCAGCUUCGGGGCAAAGAUGGCCGCCAUGGUGGGACUGGGAAAAAAGAGUCAAAGUACUUCACAGCUGGACCCAGAGGAGGAGGGUAAGAAAAAGAAGCCAGUGCGGCUGGCAAUCCAGCGGAGUGUGGAGACGGGUUUAGCCGUUGAGAUGAAGAGCAGGAUGACACGGCAGCCCAGCCGAGAGGCCACGGACGAUGGUGAAAAGGCAAAACCUGGAAAUCUAAUCUUCCCUGGAGUGAAGAUCUCAUCAGACAGCCAGUUCACUGAGUUUUUGGAUGGUCUUGGCCCAGCCCAGCUGGCAGGGAGACAGACAUUGGCCACACCUCCAAUGGGUGACAUCCAGAUUGGUAUGGUACAUAGGAAAGAAAGGCUGGAUGUUGAAGUUAUUCGGGCGCGAGGCCUGGUGGGCAAACCAGGGAACAAACAGACCCCAGCACCUUAUGUAAAAGUAUAUCUGCUGGACAAUGGGAAAUGCAUCAAUAAAAAGAAAACGCGGACAGCUAGAAAAACUCUGGAUCCUCUUUAUCAACAGCAGCUUCAGUUUGAGGAGAACCCUGAGGGGAAGGUUUUACAGAUUAUUGUUUGGGGGGACUAUGGACGCAUGGACCACAAGUCCUUCAUGGGAGCCGCCCAGAUCCUGUUAGAUGAUUUAGAGCUGACCAACAUGGUGAUUGGCUGGUACAAGCUCUUCCCUCCGACCUCAUUGGUGGACCCAACCUUGGCACCUUUAAGUAGUAAACCUCCAGAUUCAGGCCUGGACAGUUCCAACGUUCGGUCGUAGCGGCACGAGGAGGUGAGCGGUAGAGAGCGGCGUGAGUAGCUCCAGCACUGACAGAGAGGAGAGGGUCUCGACGGGUCACGUCCUGGUUACACUGCAUGCUUGAUGUUGUGUCCUCUGAGCCCGUGCAACAAGAGGCAAAGAAAAGGCCUGCGUCCUUCUGCCAAAAAAAUUAAUGAAAAGAAAUUGUAUGCUGCUGUCGCACGCAGGGAAAGAACGCCACAGGAAGUUUCUCCAUUCAGCUGAAGAGAUGCAGCCUGGGAUUCGGCAGAGUCUGACUCUUAACAGUAGAAAAAGGAAGACACUGUUUUACUCGGCUGUUUUCUCUCUGUUGUAUGCAAAGAGAUGUCAGUGUUUCUUACCUAGAACUUGAUGCGUUGUAGCCAUUACCAUAAGCCAAGCUGUCAAAAGAAGAUCUAUAAAGAGAGAAGCAUUUGGUUAAAAUGGAAUAGGAAAGGGUAACCUAGGAGAGAUGACGUCCUCAUGGGAAUCACCCUACAUCAAGCCCGAUCUCCACUGGAUCGAUCUUCAAAGUUCGGUGAUGAGGAAAUGGAUACGGCCAGAGAUCCUGUUUGAUUCAGGAAACAACACAAUUCUGAAAAAAUAAACAUAAAUAAAUAAUGGACCUUUUUGUGCUCCGGUAUGAUGUUCUCUUUGUUGAUGUACUGUAU